CUGAUAUAUAUGCAUCUUUUUGGGAGGUGUUGGGCAGAGUAAUUUUGAGUGUGCAUGUGUUGGGGGAGGGUGGAAGAGGAUUUAUUGGGGUGGUGGAUAAUGUGGGAAAUAAACCUGUUGUUCAGAACAUAGGCACGUCUCAGAUAUUUUUUUUAGUGUGUAAGUUUAUAAAUAACUUUGGUGUCUGACUUAUUUGCAUGCAGCAAAAAGAUUAAUCAUUGACAGGCCGCUAAGAAGCUCUUUGUUCUUUGCAGAGAGAUGCACUAUUGUGGAAGAAAUGUUCGCUACCAGGAACACACUAUUUUCUCUCCCCCGACCCAUUCUCUGUGUCUCUUUUUAAUCGGUUUUGCUCACGGGAUGUGAGUACGCCUGAGCCGGCAUGUGUCUUUCUCCUUCAAACUAUUUCAGGCAUAAAUGAAGUCUUUACUCAUUCCGCUUACAUAAUUGACAUGCCUAGAUCAUGACAUCACAUGAUGCAGCAGCUUAGCAACGACCAUAAGGAGUUUAAGGUCUAUGGGUUUACGCAACAUCAAUAUAACUGUGAGCUAGGAAUAUGUUUCUGCGCGGGGCAGUAGAGUGGAAAAUGAAACGGUUCUUUACACCUGUUAGUUAUUGAGCUGUCCUGACAGAAGUCCUCACUUGAGUGCCAAUGAGACCUAUUUGCAAGUUGAGAUGCUGCUCUGGAAAGCGCAAAUGACCUUCACUCUUUGAUACCCUCACAAGGACGAUGGGAUCGAUUAACAUUGGAAAGGCCGCGACAUUGAAUGAACUGUUACAUGCCAGCAUUGAUACAAUCGAUAAUGAAGGAGAGUUGAGUAACAGCCAAGUGCCAAGAAUGGUUCUUCUCAUGCAUCGAUGGUACCUCCCAUCCACUGAAUUGGCAGGAAAACUUCUACUUAUGUAUCGUGAAGCAUGUGGUGAGGAUUGCAGUGACUUUCGCCUCAAAAUCUGUUAUUUAAUGAGGUACUGGAUCUCUGAGUUCCCUGCUGAGUUUAACUUGGACCUGGGUUUGGUGCAUCUGACAGAGCAGUUUCAGGAACUGGCUAGCCAGCUAGGCUAUGAAGAACACAGUAAACUCCUCGACAUCUCCAGCAUCCCGUCGUACGACUGGAUGAGACGUGUAACUCAGCGUAAGAAGGUGUCCAAGAAGAAGGGCAAAGCUUCUCUGUUGUUCGACCAUUUGGAGCCUCUCGAACUGGCAGAACACCUCACCUUCCUGGAAUACAAAUCCUUCCGCCGGAUAUCGUUUACAGAUUAUCAGAGUUACGUCACACAUCGCAGCUUAAUGGAUAACCCGACCCUUGAAAGAUCCAUCGCUCUCUUUAAUGGCAUUUCCCAGUGGCUCCAGUUGAUGGUUCUUAGCAAGCAGACACCUGUGCAAAGGGCCGAUGUCAUCACCAAAUUUAUUAAUGUGGCUCAGAAGCUGUUGCAGCUCCAGAACUUCAACACGCUGAUGGCCGUGGUAGGAGGUUUAAGUCAUAGCGCCAUAUCCCGCUUGAAGGAAACCUUCUCACAUCUUGCACCCGAAGUUACAAAGGUCUGGAAUGAAAUGACUGAGCUGGUCUCUUCCAAUGGAAACUACUGCAGCUAUCGAAAGGCUUUUGUUGACUGCGAGGGCUUUAAGAUUCCAAUUCUGGGUGUUCACUUAAAGGACCUGAUUGCAGUUCAAGUGGCUUUUCCAGACUGGACAGACGAUAAUAAAGUGAACAUCGUCAAAAUGCAGCAACUGUAUGUUACAUUUAAUGAACUGGUUUCACUUCAGGAUGCAAAUCCUCACUUAGAACCAAAUAUGGAUUUAAUACACCUGUUAACACUGUCCCUGGAUUUAUAUCAUACGGAAGAUGAAAUCUAUGAACUGUCAUUACUCCGUGAACCGAGGAAUCCAAAGUCAAUGCCCAGCACACCAACCACUCCAAACAAAUCUGUGGCACUAGUGGACUGGGAACCUGGACUGACACCAAAACCAGAUCCCACCAUCAUUAACAAGCACAUCCGAAAGACAGUUGAUUCUGUAUUUAGGAACUAUGAUCAUGACCAUGAUGGUUACAUCUCCCAAGAAGACUUUGAAAGCAUAACUGCCAACUUCCCAUUCUUGGACUCCUUCUGUGUUUUGGACAAAGACCACGAUGGGCGGAUCAGUAAAGAUGAAAUGAUGGCUUAUUUUCUGAGGGCAAAAUCACAGCUCCAGUGCAAAAUGGGACCAGGCUUUAUUCACAAUUUUCAAGAAAUGACAUAUCUCAAACCAACAUUCUGUGAGCAUUGUGCGGGAUUUCUCUGGGGUAUAAUCAAACAAGGACACAAGUGUAAAGAUUGUGGUGUCAACUGCCAUAAGCAAUGCAAAGACCUGCUGGUGUUAGCAUGUCGGAAACUGCGAAAGAGUACCUCUCUGGAGAGUUCUUCACCAUCUUCACAGAGCCACGGCUCCCUGCCCAACAGUCCGGCAAUCCUCUCCUGUGCAAAUGCUGAAGAUGGAGUGAUGUUCAACUUCCCACAGAGCGCCAGUAGCCAUGCCAUCGACGGCAGGAUGAUCACAUUAAUGACUGGCUCGGCCCAGAAGAUUUCAGUGCGUUUACAAAGGGCCACAGCCAGCCAAGCCACACAGACGGAGCCCCUGUGGCAGGAGAGCGGAUGGGCCGGAGGCGACUCGGGAUCACACACCUUCCCAAAAAUGAAGUCGAAAGGCGGGAAGAGUAGGGGCUUUGCCAAGUGGGAAAAUGAGAAACCCAGCAGAUGUGCCAAGACAGAAGAGGAAUGCGAACCACUGCAGAAUGGAACAGAGAUAGAAGAAGAGGAGCAAUGAAGGUACCUUCCUCAAGAUGAAACCUCCAUCAUUCUUGUCUUCGAAUGACCUUUGGUGAAACAUCAAGGACAAUGAAUACAGUAACAGUUUCAAUUCACCCAAUAAGAAAAUCUCUAUUUUACUGCCAAUAUGUGCAUAAGACUAAUGUAUCUACAAUCAGAUGUAAAUUAUCCAGUGAAAACUGCUGAUGCUAAUAUUAUUCCAUUCUUCUUGAAGAUUUGAAAAUAGACCAUAUUUCUAGUUGGCAUAGACCAUGAUAAAAAAAAACCUGGACAAUGUAGAACCAGGCUGCUGUUUAUCUCAUACACAUGAAGAUCCAAAUACACAAGUCACUGGAAUAAGUUAUUCAACGCAGGAGGAGGAUCCAAUUGUGCGAGUUUAAGCAGCGGAGAUGAAAAACGUUAAAAGGCAUCAAACCUAUGGGAGUUUGAAGAUUACAUCAUUCAUGUAAGGAACACAUUUCUGGUUGCGGUUUUUAUGAUUCGACACAGAAGAAGAUAACUUUUCUGCAGAGGAAACAAUAUAUCAAUAUUACUUCCUCUAUAUUUAAAAUUACAUCAAUGUGGUUGUAUGUUAAUAAUGAAACAUUUGUGUUUGAAGCAUCAGUAUGAUUGUAAUUAUGUGCUUCAUAAUUGCAGGUGUUAAAGGGAAACACUAAGAAAACACAUUAACUGCUGGCUGAUGUUCGUAGGUUGAUCAUUUAACAUCUGUAACCUUUAUCACCAGGCAACAACUUUCCAUCUCCCUUCCAUUAACCGAGCAUUGUCAAAUCAAUUUGCCGAGCAUCAGCAAGUAAAAAUUCUUACUUAAUUCCAAUGUAAGACUACAUUAAGGCGAUUGAAAUUGGAUAAGAUCUGAUGUACAUACAGAUCUAUCCAUUGGAGUUUCCCUUUAAUCAAGCAUUUUCAAAUUCUAUAAAAUUCCAUUAAUGAUUUAA